AUGGCAUCCAACUUCUUCUCUCGGUUCACAGGGUCCGACAACCCCUCGGCCUCCAUCUAUGAAACCAUCCGACAACACGACAAUGAUUCGGAGGGCUCCGAUGUUGAGGAGAGGGCCGGGCUCAUCGCCGAAGCCCAAGUUACCGGACAAGCCUACCACGAUCUUGACUCAACCGACGGUGACAUGAAUUCGCCGCCAGAUCCUCCUUAUCACCUCGACGGCUCCACCGCAGGCAACAACAAAGGUCAGGCUUCGCGAAAAGACAAGAGUAGGGCUCAACCUAGGCCGAGAUGGAAUCAGGGGCCUCACAAAUUGCUGGAUGUGGAAGAGGCGGAUGACGAGGUUCCAGCAUCUCUGCUGAUCGACCACGACGCGGGCGGCCGUGAGCAUGGCUCUAUAUCACUCCCUCCGCCUCCGAGUCGUAUGCCUGAUGGCCUUACCCGGCGAGGAGAUACGAUCCGUCUUCCAUCUCCUGGUCAGGCUUUGUAUUCGCAGACUCGCCGAACGUCGACUCCCAGCGAUCCAAGACGUCCCCGGACUGAGCCAGUACCCGCCACCAUUUGGGGGAAUCUCGCCAGUGCGGAUCCCAAGGAAAAGGCCAUGUUCCGAUGGGUCAAUGUCACCAAUCUCGACAACUUUCUUCUGGAAGCUUACACGUACUACGUCUACCACGGCUUCUGGUCCAUCCUUCUCAUGCGUUUUCUGAAUCUGGUCACUGUUGCCUUUGUGGUUGGCUUCUCCCUAUUCCUUACUCAGUGUAUCGACUAUCGAGAGAUUCGAGGAAGCACCAAGAUGUCGGAGAUCCGUGUCCCUCAAUGUGGCAAAAAUAUGGGCUUCAUCCCGAAUGCUUUGCUUUGGCUUACCACGUUCAUUUGGAUAUGGAAAUCUGCCUUGUACAUUAUUGACAUUCCUCGCUUGAGGCACAUGCAUGACUUCUACCAUUAUCUUCUCGACACACCCGAACAGGAAAUCCAGUCUAUAUCAUGGCAGGAGAUUGUCAGUCGACUCAUGGCUCUCCGAGAUUCCAACCCGACCAUCACCUCCACCUCCAAAAAGCCGGGUGUGUACAUCAGGUCGCAGGAUAAACAACGGAUGGACGCCCACGAUAUUGCCAAUAGACUGAUGCGAAGGCAAAACUACAUGAUUGCCAUGAUUAACAAGGACCUUCUUGACUUGACCCUUCCCAUCCCAUUUCUUCGCAACCGCAAGCUUUUCACCCGCACCCUUGAAUGGAACAUUGACGUGUGCAUCAUGGACUUUGUCUUCAACCGCAAAGGACAGGUUCGAACGUUGUUCUUGAAGGAUACCUACCGAAAGGACUUGUCGGAUGCCCUCCGAAAUCGAUUCAUUCUGGCCGGCAUUGCAAGUCUUAUUUUCGCACCUUUCCUUGCAAUCUUCUUCAUUCUCAAACACUUCUUCGAAAACUUCAACGAAUAUCAGAAGAAUCCAGCCCAGAUCGGGUCGAGAGAAUACAGUCGCUUUGCGCAGUGGAAGUUUCGGGAAUUCAACGAACUCUAUCACUUGUUCCAGCGGCGUGUCAACAUGUCAUAUCCAUUUGCGACGAGAUACAUCAACCAAUUCCCCAAGGACAAAACCAUCCAAGCGGCCCAAUUUGUCAGCCUGGUCUCGGGAGCGGUGGUUUCGGUCCUCGGUCUGGCAACAAUACUGGAUCAGGAGAAUUUUCUGAACUUUGAAGUGACCCCUGGUCGGACGACCAUCUUUUAUCUGGGAAUCUUUGGAUCGAUCUGGGCUGUGGCUCGCGGUCUCCUACCCGAUGAUAACAUGGUGUAUGACACCUCCCUUGCGAUCCAAGAGGUGAUACAGUUCACCCAUUACGAGCCACAGCACUGGGCAGGCCGGCUUCAUACCAUCGAGGUCAAGCAAGAAUUCUCACAGUUAUAUCAGAUGAAACUUGUCAUUUUCAUGGAGGAGGUGUUGAGUAUGAUCUUCACCCCUUUUGUCCUCUGGUUCAGCCUUCCGAAGUGCAGUGAUCGGAUCAUUGAUUUCUUCCGGGAGUUCACCGUCCAUGUUGAUGGGAUAGGAUACGUCUGUUCGUUUGCCGAGUUCAACUUUAUGAAGCAGCCGAACAGACCGGCAGUCGAUGAGGCCACCAAUCAAGGUGCCGGAAUCAGAAUACCGGGGGGCAUGGCGAAUGUCAACACCAACACAAACCCACGGGAUGAGUACUUUGCGUCGAAAGACAACAAGUUGGAAAACAGCUAUUGGGGCUUUAUGAAUGACUACGCGCGUAACCCCAAGACAGACAUCCGCUUUCCUUACAAUCCCCCCCGACGACGAUUCAAUAUGCCUCCUCCUGUACCUGGCUUCCCUUCGCCGUUGUUCCCAAGUUCAGAUCAAGGUCGGGCAUUUGGAGGCGGGAUCUACGCACAACAUCAAGGUGUUGCAGGCACGGGGGUGCCAGGAUCGCCUUACCGUGGCGCCCAGCCUUAUGGUCAUGGAUUGGGGCAUCCGCCGUCUCAGCCUCUGGGCUCACCUCUUCAAUCGCUCUUACUUGAUCCGCAUCAUCAACCUUCUGCCAGCGGAUUGGCAUCAUCGCCACAAAUUCUGCGGCCGCGCGGGGUCCACAUCAGUAAAGCUCGGCGCGAAAUCCCUGAUGACCUAGCAGAAGAGGAUUCGCCGGAAGCCAGUGCGCAGCAUGGGCCGCGGACAAAUGGUGCCGCCAGAGAAGCUGGGCAUCUCCCUGGAGGGGCAUUACAGGACGGUGAGCUUGGGUCAUGGAAAUAUGAGAUCGAGUCCUCAUCCGGAGAUGCGACCGAAGAUGAAGACAACGACAAUAAUGCCAAAGCCAUCACUGCUUUGGGGGCUCUAGGGCCAUUGGGAUUGAUCAGACAGUUCCAACAGGCUCAGACACAAGAAGGAGGCAGGAACCGAGUAGGCGGAGCGGCAAUGUGA